AUGGACGACUUUGAGCAGGAAGGCAUUAAUGAUGAACUUAUUGAGUUUGCCAUUCGAGAGAGCAUUCAAGAUGCCUACAAGCCGCCAUGUUCCAGACACGCAAACAGGAAGGACUCAAACAGUGAAGACUUCAUGAAGAUAAUGGCAGCUAUUCACAAAGGUGAUGUGCACGCGCUGCAGGAGCUGACAGGUUGUGCGUCUGCCUACAGAGAGAGUGACAGCAGGGGCCGGCUGCCUCUGCACGCAGCAGCUGUGCAGCCACAGCGAGGUGUCCUGCACGUGGUGCUGCAGGCGGUGUUGGCGUCCACAGAGCUGACCCUGGAGGAGCAGACAGGGGACGGGGACACGUGCCUGACCCUGGCAGCAGAGGCCGGCCUGGUGGAUAACGUCAGGAUGCUGCUGCAGCACGGAGCGUCGCCUCACAACACCAACAGCAGGAACGAGUCUCCUCUGCUGAUCGCAGUGAGACAAAGAUCAUACGACAUGGUUGCAUCCCUCGUCAUGGGUGGGGCCUUUGUGGAGCAGGUGUGUCUCACUAAAUGGACUGCCACCCAUGAAGCUGCAAAGGUCGGUUGUCCAGCUAUUCUGAUGCUGCUGCUUCGACACGGAGCCAAAGUAACUGCAAGGGACGGUCACGGGGUGACUCCUCUGGGGAUCGCGGCUGAAUAUGGCAACACUGAAGCUUUGGAUAUACUCAUACAGCAUGGUGGUGACGUGAAUGCUCAGGCCAGCAAUGGAGACACGGUCCUGUAUGAUGCAGCUGGAUCUGGAAACCUGGACUGUGUCGAGCUGCUCCUACAGCACGGAGCCAACCCGAAUGUAGCCAGCUACGCCUACCAGCUGCCCAUCCACAGAGCUGCAUAUGAGGGACACAUACUAGUCCUGAGGACUCUCGUCCCCAUCACCACAAAGAGAGCCAUCCGUCUCUCAGGCCAGGACCCCGUCCACUCAGCAGCUGACGGGGGGCAGGUUGAGUGUCUGCGGCUGCUUAUCCAGAAAGAAUGCAAUGUCAAUGCCUUGCUAGACACACACAUCUCUGAGAACUAUGACGACCUCAGGAAGUCUCCUCUGUUCUUUGCUAUAUGCAACGGUGACGUGACCUGUGCUGAGAUGCUGCUGGCAGCUGGAGCGAGAACUGACCUCGACCCACUACGAUGCAUCCUGGUCGCUAUACGCGCUGAGAGGUAUGAUCUGGUGCAGCUGUUGCUGUCCUAUGGGGCAGAGGUGAAUUGUUACUUCAGGGUGAUCAGCAACACAGUGUUCCCCACGGCACUGCAGUACAGCCUGAGGGACCACGUCAUGCUGCGACUGCUGCUCAACAGUGGAUAUCAAGCUCACAAGUGUUUCCAGUGUUGCCAUGGUAACGUUGAUGAAAUGGAUAGCACCUGGACUGACCUCCAUAACCAAGCCUACCAGAUUUACACUCAACCGAACGUCAUCACAUUCUGUGAGUUUGUAUCUGUGUCGUGGCUGACACAUCUGGUUGGCAGCAUUGUAAGGAUGCUCCUGGACUACGUCAGCCAUGUGAGCAUCUGUCCCACCCUUAAACGCAUCUUGAAGACGAGGCCUGAGUGGGAUGAGAUUCAUGACAUACUGAGCAAGCCACGGUCUCUGCAGCACUUGUGCCGACUGGUCAUCAGAGGUCACAUGAGCCUCAGGACGCUGAAUGACCCUGAAGCCAUGGCUGCUGUCAAUUUUCCUCCAAGACUGAAGAACUACAUGACCUACAGAGACUAUGACCUGUGUGAUGACCUCUCCUCUGUGUGA